CUCAGCUGAGCUGCAUAAAUAGACAACAUUACUGCUUCAGUAGCAUAUGCAACUAGAACAGUAUUUCUAACAGCUACUUAUAUAGAGCAAUGGCUACAGAUGUGCAAACUGUGAAUGGACAUGGAGAUGUUGAAAAAACUGGGUUCCUGUGGAAACAAGGUGGAUCUUAUAGGAGCUGGAAAAAGCGAUAUUUUACACUCCGAGGAGUAUCUUUGGAAUACUACAGCAAAGAGACUGACAAGACACCCAAAAAGACAAUAGACCUGAAGACAGGGCGAGGGGUGCGUACAAGGGAUCAGUGUGACCUGGAGUGGCCAGACAAGGCCAAGCCAGGGAGAUCCUUUGGUCUGGCAGUGGAGAACAGGACUUUCUAUUUCUACGGGGAUGACCCAGCAGUUAUUAGGGAUUGGAUGGCUCUUAUUCAGCGAAUAAUUGAAAAGGAAGGGCAGGCCACUCACGACUACAGUAAUGACUCUGAGGGUAAACCCGAGGGGAAGAUGUCCAAGGCAGUACGUGGUGGCGCUAAGAUGGCUUCUAAGGUCGCCAAGAAGUUUGUCAAAGAUUCAGGUUUAGUUGAUGAGGACACUGCUAACAUCAUUGAGGGUGUGGUCGAUGCAGCAGAGAACCAGGCCAGUGCUGACAGGGACGCCAGCCUGGCCGACAGACUAAAGAUGGCUGGAGGGGAUGCAGCUGGAAUGGUAGCAGACAAUGUGGACAAUCCUUAUGUGGCUACUGCAGCCACGGUGGUGCAGGAGCAGUGUGAGGCUGAUGAUGAUAUGAGCAUGCAGCAGCGACUUAUGCUCGCUGGAGCAUCCACCCUCGAUGGAGCAGCCGAGAUUGUCGGAGAAGAGAACGAGAUAGCAGGAGGUGUAUUAAGCACAGCUGCUGGUGUGACCAGGGACCAGGCUGAAGCUGACCCAGACAUGAGUCUCGAACAACGACUCAUCCUUGCGGGGGGUAGCACUCUAGAGGGGGUCUCGGAAAUAGUUGACAAUGACAUCCUCCCCAACACACUGGAGGUUGCAGGUGGUGUUGUGAAGGACCAAGCCGAAGCUGACCCCGACACAUCACUGAAAGAACGAGCAGCAUUGGCAGUAGGGAGUGCGGCAGGGGGUGUGGCUGAUUUAGAUUCCAUGCAUUACAACUAUGAUGGAAGGGCCAUUGCUAAAGCAGUUGAGAAAGAAGCGGAAAAAGUUGGGGAGACGUUUUCAGAAGACAAAGAGUCAGACUCAAGUGAAUAGCGAGCUAAUGAAUUAGACAUGCAGCACUCAGUUAUAUGAGCAUGAUUUUUAGCACAUGAUUAUAUAUAGCUAUAUACAUCAAUA